AGCAGUUUUGGAUCACUGCAAGCGGGAGCGAUGGGGAAUGUGUUGUCCUCCAUGGACCCGGAGGUCAGGAAAAAGAUGGAGGUGAAGGCUGCAGUUGCGGCCAGGCGUGCGGCGCAGGCGUGGGAUUCUUGGGCACACGCAGUCUUCCACUACAGCUUAGUUCCAGGAGUGUUUGCGUACGGCCUGUGGUACUCCGGCGAGUUCACGAUGAAUCCCAUCGCUCUUUUCUCAAAAAUCUUCCUGGCGUGAGCCGACGCCUGGAAAUAGAGCAGUGAAAGGCGAAAGCAAGAACCCUGGCGCUCAUGGCCGGAGUGGCGUUUCACCUGCAGAGACAGCAAGGGAAACGGCAAGGUCACUCCGCGUCUGCCGCACAAGCUUGAGACGAGAGAGUGAGGGACGAUUGUGAGAAGAGUUGCGCGAAAGGAGCCAAUCAAUUCACAGGUGUUCAUGAUGAUCAUCAACCGCGCAGCUUCUCUUUUGGCCCAACGUGCCAGAUGCAAGGCUGAACGCGACAGAGUGUGUCUACAAGGUUGGCUUGAGGCUGUCAGACGAUUGCAAACCUUGGCGCGGCGGCUGCGGCGGCAGUAGAUGGAGGGUGGCUGCUGCGCGGCUUGGAGGUCACUGAAACGCAGCGGAGCCCGCGGCGAAGCCGCUCCGUUGCCCUUCGCGUGGCUCGCAAGUGAUGAGGUCAGAGGGGCCUGCAGAAAGAGCUACGGGCAGCAGCCAGGGUGACUCCCAGGAUAGCUCAAGACAGGCAGAUGCGAAUAUGAGCAAUUACGCAUUCUUUGUCAAGUACACUUAUUCCAAUGAGUGCGCUUUGCUCGCCUACAACUUUCAUGAACUCGUGUCCAAGAUUGGCAUCUUCGAAAUAUUCGCGUAUAGGCACGACCACCGCCUCAUCAGCGUAACGCUGGCGUACAUACUUUAUAGAUACCAGGUGCACCACUGUGACAUGGCUCUGGACCUGGCUCUGACACUAGUGUACCUGGAGGAUUUGCGGAGCCUUGUUGAGGCGAAGCCCGAAGUUCGAGAGCGCGGCCGCGACGCCUUCAACUUAAUUUGCUAUAUGGCAUUCUUGGCGCAUGCCUUUAAUUCAGACCGCCCGAUAAGACUUGCCGACUGGUUCAAAGAGAUCGGCUGGCGGUCCUUCAAGAAUUGUCACCAGUUAAACGCCUACGUGUUCUUCCUGUUCUCUCAAGUCCGUGGCUUCAAGCUGCGGGUAAGCGAGAGCCAGGUGAAGAGGUAUAUUCAAAAGCUGUGCAGCGUUCCCAACCAAGCCACCACAACCUGACGCAAGCUUGGGACUUAUGGGCGUCUGCCCCUGGGUGUCUCCAGGCAGGUUACAGGAGACCCCAAUUGGUUCCAUUUCAAUGCCGGUGGUUGAAAACCCCCGACGAGUCUGCAAGCGUGGCGGAAGAGUGAAAGAGUUGCACGGAAAAAGCAUGCCAUGCACAGACUCACUGGUCUCGCCCAAAGCCUGCGGCUCUCAAGACACCUAUGCCUUGACACGCCCGGGUUUGGUUGGGUGUCCCGUAGGUUCUGGUUCUAACCUCUCGGAUGAGGACGAUCUCACCCAGGACUUAGCCCCUGUGUAAUCCAGACGGCUCAUUGGGAUGAGCCUGAGGCAACGGGCCUCUCAGUGUGGCGCGGCGUGAACCAAAAAGCAUCCGGGCCUCCAAGGGCCUCCAAGGGCCUCCAAGGGCCUCCAAGGGCCUGCAAGAUGCAUGGCAAGCAGUGCAAGUUGAUGCAGGCAGUGCAAGCAGUGCAAGCAGUGCAAGGCUUCACCGAUCAUGGCGCAUAGCUCGGGGUACGAGUCCCAAACAAUGGCAAUCAGAUAGUGCUGAUGAGAG